AUGAAAGCGACUAUCUACGUGUGGGGAUGUCUCGCCCUCAGCCUUGCCUGCAACGCUCUUCCCGUUAGCCGCCGCGAAGGCCUCCUCCCACGAGCAGAGUCAGUAGACGGCGAUGAUCAAGUCGUCUACACGUGGUCUCUGCCGGACGAGAAGAGCAAGCGUGCCGAAUCGGCGGACGGCGAUGAUCGAGUGGUCUACACCUGGUCUCUGCCGGACGAGAAAUCGAAAGUCAAGGGUUAG